AUGUUCAAAGCGCAGAGCAUAAUUCAAAGACUGACUUCACAUCUCUCUGUCGUACACAGACACUCACGCACGCGCACAUAUACAGGCAGCAUCCUGGUUGCUGUCAACCCAUACAAGAUGUUUAACAUCUAUGUCUGCGAAAGACAAUUUGUUGCUGUUAACAUUUCCUGCAAAUUGUUGAUUUAUCUUCCCAGGCAUCUGUUUGCUAUUGGCAGUGCUUCUUACAUCAAGAUGAUAAAAGAUACAGAGAAUCAAGUUUUGGUCAUUAGGUCAAGUGGUGCUGGGAAGACAGAGAGCACCAAACUUAUCAUGCAAUACUUGGCAGCUGUGAAUAGAUCAGGCAACAACCUUAUCACAGAGCAGAUCCUGGAGGCAAAUCCCCUGCUGGAAUCCUUCGGCAAUGCCAAGACUAUACGCAAUGACAACUCUUCUCGUUUUGGAAAAUACAUUGAAGUGUACUUCAAAAGUGGAUCAAUCGUUGGAGCCAAAUUAUCAGAGUAUCUUCUUGAGAAGUCCAGAAUUGUCACCCAAGCUCCAGAAGAGAGAAACUAUCAUGUGUUUUAUGAGAUGCUGGAGGCUUUAACAGAAGAGCAGAAGUCAAAAUAUGGUCUACAAACAGCACCUAA